AUUGCAACAACAAUAUGACUCUACAGUGGACCGCAGUGGCAUUUUUUCUCUACGCAGAAAUCGUGGUGAACGUCAUAUUAUGCAUACCAUUCAUAUCAGCUAAAAGGUGGAGGCGGGUGUUCAGCUGGGGAAUCUGGAACUGGCUCAGCCCUUAUUGGAACAAAUGCUUCUUUACUAUGAUCAUGGUCCUUAUUGUUCUGUUUCUGGACGCAAUCCGUGAAGUGCAGAAAUACUCUGGCCCAGAUCCUAUGCAGGACGCCAAGGUCAAUCCCAACGUGUAUGACCACAUUCAUAUGAAGCUGUUCCGAGCCCAAAGAAACCUCUACAUCUCUGGCUUCUCUAUCUUCCUCUGGCUAAUAAUGCGUCGAGUUGUGACCUUGUUGAACCAAGUUGCGGUCAGUGCAGAGAGCAGUGCUGCCCUCCAAGCUCAAAUGGACAAUAUGGCAAAUGCAGUGAAACAGCAUGAAGAGGACAACAAGAGGCUUCGACAAGCACUGCUUGAUGAGGAAAAAACGGUGGUCGCCAAAAAUCAGCAGCUUAAGUUGGAAAUUCAGAAGCUUGAAAGUCAGCUAAAGACUUCUGAGUCAGCUGUGCACAGGGCCCAGGCGGAGGUGGAGGCCAUGAAGAAGCAGGCCAAAGGUCUGGCUCAGGAGUACGACAGACUUCUGAGUGAGCAUCAUCAGCUCCAGAAUCAACCAAGUGCCUCAGACAAAAAGGACCAGUAAUUUAGGAUUAUUUUGUUUUCUUAAUUUUAUUGUAUUAUUUUAGCAAGAUUUUCAAAAUUGUCUAUCAGAAGUGUUUAAAAUGCG